UUCAAACAAUUUUUAAUUUUACUAUUGCAAAAAUAAAGAAAUUCAAAGAUGGUCAAAAAUAAUUAUUUUAAAAAAAGCCGUCACUGUAGCCUGUAAUUUGAAACUUUGAAGAACUUAACGACAAUUAAUAUUAUUCACACUUUCUUGCCAAUAAGUUGCCUAUGUAAACACUCCAUAAGCGUGAAUGAAAAACAAAACGUGUUCUGUUUUCUGAAUUAAUACUAUUGACAGUUGGGCAAUAUUAUUAAAACUUCUAACCUUUGAAAAAUUGUUUUUGAUUUUUGAUUGAAAUUUGUAGUUUUAAAUGAAUAAUUUCGAAAAGGGUAUUGACAGUUUUAAAAUUAGUAACAAUGUCUUCAAAAAUUUGAAAAGGAUUACAAAUCUGAAUGAAGAAGAGCGCACUGAUGGAGCGGUAACAAUGUUAAGACACCUGUUUAAUCAGGAAAGGGAUGCAAACGAAUACUGGUAUACUUUAAAGAGAUUGAUAAGGGGAUGUGGUUCAUCUACGACAGAAAGUCGAUCAAUAUUUUUUACUUGUCUGGUUGGAUUUUUGAAUUUUUCUUCAGAUGAGUGCCUUAGCUAUGAUCAGAUUUUGAAAAUCGCAAAAACUGAAUUAUGUUCAAAACCGGCAAUAGCAAGUAAAGAAGAUAGCGACGCUGUUACGGGAAUGAUAUUAAUUUGCGGCGCUUUAUUAAGAUCUAAAAAACAUGUUAUACUAAGUGGCGACAAUAUACGCGAUCUAACGAUGGCGUUGUUUAGUUUUUCUAAAUGUAAAUCUUAUCAUGAAGCUCUAGCGUACAUAUUUUGUGUAGAGUUAGUCAAAGUUUUAUCGGAAGAGCAAUUUAUUAAAUAUGGUUAUCCUACGAUAAAAAAAGAAAUUGACCAAUGUGAAAAAUUUAACAUUGGUCUUAUGUUUUUAAUGAUUGAAAUUGUUAAACAAUAUCCCAAUUUAGAUAUUGUUUCUGAACUGAGGACGGCUAUUGAAAAAUUAGCAACCCAAAAUAACUUUGAUGACAUAACCAGCAGUCUCUUAAAUAAUAGAAUACAAAAUUGCGAAAUGCUGCCUAUACUUGAUGUUGUUUGUAAUUUUUUAGCCAAUUGUAACUUUCUAAAGCUUCUGUGGCAACAAUCUAUUGAGUCACAUUUGAACAACUCAACAAAAAGCAUCGAAAGUUGUAUUUUGAAAAUUGCCACCAUUAUUUUUGGAAAAUCAACUAACGAAUUAUCCUAUAUGUUAUCAGGCAAAUUUCUUGAAUUAUUCUUGAAUGGACUUAAAUCAAAAAAGGAGGAGAAAGUUCAACAAAUUUACAAUAAUUUUGCUGAUGCAUUAUCCACUUAUUGUAGUAAAAGCGAAACGACUAACAUGGAGAAAUUGAAUAUAAUUAAAAAAAUAAUUUUGUAUCCAGGCAUGUUGAACGUAGAAAAAUUCACUAGUCAAAGAAUAAUUCACCAAAUUAUUUCGAAAUGUGAUGAAAGUUCUUUCAUUGAUUUAUAUAAUAUAUAUAAACAAGUUUUCUUAAACAAAUAUUUAAACGAUGAAAUUGAUAAAAGCGGUAACUGGUCCAAUGUGGAAAGAAUUCAUGCAGGCAAUAUGAUGCAGUAUUUAUUAAACCAUAAAGUUAUGCAAUCUUCUUACAAAUGGAGACAACAAGAAAUGAGGUCAAUUAUGGUUUUGGGAUUUUUCCAUGCGGACGAUACACAAAAUAUAAUAGAAAGUUCAAAAAAUAACGACAUAAUAAGUAAACAAUUAGCUGACCAAAUGAAAAAAAUUUUUUUCUGCAGUUUACAAAAUAAAUUUUCAUCUCUUGAGAAUGAAAACAAAUUAUUGUACUAUUUGGUUCAAACUUGCAAUGAAGUUUUAAAUAAAAAAAAUUAUGACAAGUUUUUCAGAUUUAACGUUAAAGAAAACCUAAUAAAUAUUUGGAACGAAAUGUUUGGGGAAAUUCAAAAAUUAAAAUCAUCUAAAUCAACGAAAAGAGAUGGUAAAUUAGAUUAUGUGUUUAAUAUUUUGUUAAUGCAUAUGGGAUUACAGCUUUUUAAAGAAUCGGAAAUGGCAGAAACGGCAAUAGUUGAUUUAAAAAUAUGUUUAAAGAAAUCAAAGGAAAAAACACAGAAAAAGCAAAAAAUAGAAGAAAACUUGUCAAAUUAUGAAGAACCCGACUGGAUUGAAGUAGUUGUAGACCUAAUUCUGCAUCUCUUAUCGCAAAACUCAAACUCUUUACGCAAUAUUAUAAGAAUUGUGUUUCCUCAUUUGUGUGAAUCUAUAACCCUUUCGUCUAUGAAUCAAAUUCUUGAAAUGCUCAUUAUGAAAAACGAGCUAAAUUCGCUAGCAAACCAAGACGAUGAUGAUUCUUCAGCGAUUGAAAAAGAAAACAAUCCUUACGAUGGCACAUCAAGUGAAAAUAGUGAUAACGAAAAUGCUGCUAAUAGCAGUGAGGAUAGUAGCGAUAGUGAAAACAGUAAUUUCGAAGAAAAUUUUUCCGAAGAACCAACAGAAGCAGAAAAACUUAAAAGCGCAAUAUCCCAAGCAUUAAUUAAAAACAAUUUAGACAAUGACGCUGAUUCAAUUGAUUUAGAUGAAAUGAGUGAAACAGAAGGUGCUAAGCUGGACGAAAUACUAACUGAAGUAUUCAAAAUGAAAAAAAAUAACAUAAAAAGCCGACGUUCUAAAGAUUAUCGCACAGAAUCUACAGCAUUAAUGCACUUUCGCAUUCGCGUUCUAGAUUUGAUAGACAUGUAUAUUCAAAACAAACCAGCUUUGUUGAUUGUACUAGAAAUUAUAAUUUCUUUGUUGAAUACUUUUAAGCACUAUACAAAUGCGGAAUUUGCACCCUUUUAUCAAAAGGUUCAAAAUAUUUUACAUAAAAUCACGAGUUUAAAGCAAUUUUCUACGGUUGAAGAAGUAGACAAUCUUUUUAAUUACUUUACUAAAAUAUUGCAUACAAAAUUUAAAGCUGUUGAAAAAGAGCAAUCCGCUAUUCACUGUAAAUGUGUAUUGUUUGUUAUAAAUCUAAACAAGAUACUGAAAGAAGAAAAUUUUGAUAAAAAAGUUAUAUCGGAACUGCAAAGUUGUGUAGAAGACUUUUUAAAAUCAAAAAAUGCCAAACUUAAUACUGAUUUUCUUAAGUAUUUAUUUCAAGGAAAUUGGUUUCGUGUAUGUAAACUGGCAAUUACCUUAAUUGAUAUAUCAUUAGAUCCCGUGGUGAAGUCGUACAAAAGAAUUCAAAUUUUAGAUUUUUUAGAAUUAUUGUAUAAAAAUAAUAAAAUAUGGAAGGUAAAUAAUGAAUCAAAAGAUAAAUAUUUUAAGAAAAUUGAAACAAAAUUUGAAGCUUAUUUGGAAUAUUUCCUUGAUAAAAACUUGUCUUCAAAAGAAUUUAAUAAAUUAAUAAAUUGUAUUUUGAUUAUCACUAACUGCCACGAAAAAAACCAUUCAGAAAUUGGAUUCAACAUAAAUAAUUUGUGUGAAAAUGUACAAACUCUUAGGAAAACAAUUAAUUUAGAGUCUUCUCAUAAUUACAUGAAAUUUUGUUCAAAUUACAACUUAAAACCCUUAACAAAUAAAAGCGAUUUGGAGUUGAAUGUUCCAAAUAAUAAGCGAAAAGGAUUGGAAAAGCAACAAGAUGUAACAAAAAUUAAAAAGGCAAAAGUUUAGAUAUUCAAAUAUAAAAAAUAAGGUUUUUUGUAAUUCUAAAGUUAUUUUUAGGAUUUUCUAUGUAAUAAUGAAAGUACCUACAAAAUAAAACUUUU